GGAAGAGGCAGCAGCAUGGCGGCGUCGCUGGGCCUCCUGCAGGGCAGAGUCAGGUUGGCUGCUGCAGCCGCUGCCUCCUCGCCUCUCCGCCGGCCGGGCCCGCGGGGGCUGGUGCGGGGAGGGGCCGCUUGUUCUCCAACCGGGAAGGGCUACAGCUCGGAGGCGAAGGGGGAGGAGGAGCUGCGGGUCCGGUACCUGGCUGAGGAGAAGCAAGGAAUUGUGGUACUUGGAUUAAACAGAUCUCGUGCCAAAAAUGCACUUAAUAAAAAUCUUAUAAAAAUGAUGUCAAAAGCUGUGGAUGCUCUGAAAUCUGAUAAGAAAGUACGAACUGUUAUAUUCCGAAGUGAAGUCCCUGGGAUAUUCUGUGCUGGUGCUGACCUUCAGGAAAGAGCCAAAAUGCACUCCAGUGAAGUUAGUUCUUUUGUCUCAAAAGCAAGAGCAACUAUUAAUGAAAUGGCUAAUCUUCCAGUACCAACAAUUGCUGCGAUAGAUGGGACUGCAUUAGGUGGUGGCCUAGAACUGGCAUUAGCCUGUGACAUAAGAGUGGCAGCCUCUUCUGCUAAAAUGGGUCUAGUUGAAACAAAGCUGGCAAUCAUUCCGGGUGCAGGUGGGACACAGAGGUUACCUCGUACGAUUGGUGUAUCGCUAGCAAAAGAACUCAUCUUCUCUGCACGUAUUGUAGAUGGCGAAGAAGCAAAAUCAAUAGGAUUGAUCAGUCAUGUGGUGGAACAGAAUGAAUCAGGGGAUGCAGCCUAUAGAAGAGCUUUAGCCCUAGCACAAGAAUUUUUACCUCAGGGACCUCUAGCAAUAAGAGUCGCAAAAUUGGCCAUCAAUCAAGGGAUGGAGGUGGAUUUAGUAACAGGCUUAGCAAUUGAAGAAGCCUGUUAUGCUCAGACUAUUCCAACAAAAGACAGAAUUGAAGGUCUUCUUGCUUUUAAAGAAAAGAGGCCCCCUCGCUACAAGGGAGAAUAGGAGAAACUGAUGCCUUGAAAAUACAAAUGAGAUAAACAUGGCUGGAAGGACCUUUCAGCUGCACUUUGCCUCAGCGCAUGGAGUAUCACAACCACCAAAGUAAAAGCAAACUCUACCUACAUUACAACAUCUGGAAUGUGUCCAGACAUGUGCCUGGCCCAAGAAUAUGUAUCAAGUCAUACUCAGCAUGGUUUAUGAAGGUUGCUCUGUAUAUUUGCAAGGUCACAGGUUCAUGAGCAUUUCUUUUAUUUCAUAUGUAUGAAACUAACCAUACCACAAUUUAAAAAAAAAAAAAAGUAAAUUCUUUUAAUAGACAAAGCUUAUAAAGUAAUAUGGAAUGUGUGUCUGUUGUUCCAUUUUAUCAAAAUAAGUGAUUUCUAUGCACCAAAAAUGUGAAAUUAUACCAAAUAUGAUUUCUAAAUGAUUCACUAUCUAUUCUAGCUGAAUAUGUAAAUUAUUAAUAAAGUUAGUGGAAAUCAGAAGAAUGAUUGUUUGGAAGAUUAUAAACUUUAUUUACUUGUCUCAUACUGUAAUAAGUAAGAUUAACUUCAUUUUGAGACUACUGUACAGUGGUGUUCUGUAUUACUCUAUGUUCAUGUUCAGCCUCACAAGGCUAUAUGGUAAACCUUGCCUCUCAUCCCAGAUUCCUCCAAAACAUCUUCUCACUAACACUAUCUACGAGGGAGUAACUUUUAAUUCACUUGCCCCAUUUCUUUUUGUUUUUUAUUUCCAGGCUGUAUUAAACUUUUUAUUGCGGA